UGGCCGGAGUGGGAGUGGACUCUAAUUAAUUUGCAUAAAUAAACGGCCAGUUGCCGGGGCCGCCUUAAACAGUCCAUCGCAUCAUGCUGUGGAAGACGGUUUACCUGGCGCUUGUCUUGGCGCUUGCCUCGGUCACGUCCACACCCAUCAGAGACAGCAGCACGGAUCUUGUGAGGAGAACCCGGCACAUUGGCGGCAUCGGAGGCGGCGGCUUCAUCGCUGGCGGUGGUGUGGUGGCUGCUCCUGCCAUUCAAACGGUUCCCCUGAUUCAAACAGUGCCCGUGAUCACCACUGUGCCGGUUAUCUCGACCAUUUCCACGGUGCAGACGAUACCCAGCUACGGCUACGGCUAUGGAUACAAUGGCCUCGGCGUAGCUCCUGGCGGUGGCUUUGGUGGUGGUGGCUUGGGUGGUGGAGCCAUUGGUGGUGGCUUUGUAGGUGGCGCCGUGGGAUUUGCCAAAUUUAAAGGCGGCUUCUUCGGCUGACUGGUUCUCGAGUGUAAACAAUUAAUAAACAACAAAAAAGCCAGCUUCAUUUUCUGUGUGUUUGAAAUCAACAGAUUCGAGAUGAGAUUGCGUAAAUUA